ACCCGGAAACACAGGAGACGAUCGGUGGGCAUUCUUCGGAUUUUAAUUUUAAUACGACGCUUGUAAGAGAAUGGUCAAGGUUGUAGCCACCUGUUCUUCAAAUUCAAGACCCAGGUUUACAAAGCAUGAUGCCUUAGCACUGUGCCUGGCCCUGCUCAUUCCAGCCACUGUUAUUAUCCUUAUUUUGGUGUCAGUUUUUCCAUCCCUGGGAGGCCCUCCAUUGCCUGACUUUAGUGACCCAAUAAAGGGUUUUGAACCAAGGGGUACAAAACUCAGUAACAAGAUGGUGGCAAUUAAAAAAUUUUAUGACUUCCCUCGGGUUUGGUCAUAUCAACCUCCCCAGUCACAAACUGGAGGCCAGCAGAACAAUGUCUUGUCAUCUCUAAAGCGAAAGCGUCGAUCAUCUCAAAACACACUUGAACGUCCACUGUCAUCAGAUCUGCAUGUAAGAAUGAUGUUUGUUUUUGAGGCAUCAGGUGGCAAUGAAAAUUUGUUUGUAGCAGGCAAGCUCAAAGAUGCUUGUGCAAUAGAGAAUUCUAUUUUGAGUGCCAGCUCCUUAUAUGUGCAAGACUGCCUCGGAAUUUCUGAUGGAAUGACAUAUCAGUGUUACUCAAGCUUUUCUCUUGGAAACUAUAUUGCUCUGCUUAAUAACCGCACAAAAUGCCAAGACAUAACUGAUCAGGAUGUUUCUUAUGUUAAGAAUUUGUUGCUUCGAUGCCACCCUUACUUUGUAAAACAAACCCUGAAGGAGAACUGUGCUUCUUCCAGCUGUGAGGGUGUUCCAGCCAAUUGCACCAAAUACAACGCAGUGUACAAUAUUUUCCAGUAUCUAACAGACAAUGAGAUGAGUCCAUCCAAUGAUAUGUUUCUGAAAUAUACAUCAUCUAUCCCACCAGUGUCUGGUGAGGACUUAUCUGAGGAGGACUUAUAUGAUGAGUUGUUUGGGCAGUUAAAAGAUAGUGUCCCUGGAAGAGAAGGGAUAAAACUGGCUUCUUUUUAUUUUAUGGGUUACAAGUUUGAUCUUUUUCGUAUUAAACUUCUCACUGAGGUCAUCUACCCUGCUCUGGCUAUGAUAUUUGUUUUCCUUAUCAUGUGGUUUUUCUUGGGUUCUUUCAUUCUCACUUUCACUGGCCUUUUUUGCAUUAUUUAUGCAAUUGGUCUUUCAUAUUGUCUUUACACAAUGGUAUUCAAAAUAGACUUCUUUCCUUUUCUGAAUGUUACUACGCUGGUGUUUUUGGUGGGCAUUGGAGCCGAUGAUGCGUUUGUGUACUAUGACAUAUGGAGACAGACAUGUGCUGCUAAUCCUCAUGCAAACAUCAUGCAGGUGACAUUGAAAACUCUGCUUUACGCUGCCCUCUCCAUGCUUGUCACAAGCUUGACAACAGCAUCAGCAUUUUUCGCUGGAGUAUCUUCCUCCAUUACUGCCAUUAGGUUGUUUGGACUGUUUGCUGGAACAUCCAUUUUUACAAAUUACCUGCUGAUGAUAACAUAUUUCCCAGCUGUUGUUGCUUUGCACGAGAAGUGGGUGUUGAAGUACACAGCAGGACAUUAAAACUUGGAGGUGGUGCGAGAGACGGUUCAGUCACUUCAGAUUACUGCACCUGUAGCACAAGUCAAGUCAGAAAGCAACAUCAUAAUUCCUGAAGUAAACAGUCCCAUCAAUCGAAAUGAGAGAAACAUUUGUUUUCUGCAAGUCAUUGACUUUCCAUGUUCUUUGUUAAUAUCAGCCACAAGGUUUUUCAAAACAGCCAGUUCAAAGGUGUUUGAAGAUUGUUUACCCAAAGUGGUGAUCAAGUUACGUUAUUUAUGGAUUGCCCUUUUUGUGUGUCUUACAGCUGGUUUUCUGUGUGUUACUUUUGUUAAACCAGGUCUGCAGCUACCAAAUACAAGAAACUUCCAAGUGUUUGCUUCAUCACAUCCACUUGAAAAUUAUCACUUAAACUAAAAAAGCUACUUUAGAUUUGCCAGUUCACAGCAGAAUAGUGGCAUGUGGCUAGAACUCUUCUGGGGAAUAAAACCGGAAGAUAAUGGAAAUCAUCUUAACCCGGAUGACUACGGAACCCUUCAACUGGAUGAAAGCUUCGAUAAAUCAAGUCUGUUCAGUUCUGCUGGUCAAAAGUUCCUUCGUUCCUUAUGUGAGUCCAUUGAAGACCAACCAUUUUUUGCCGCUUUCCCUUUCUUUGAUAUGUGCCCUAUAGAAGUAUCCAUUAAAACUUGUACCUCACCAGGAACGGCAUGUUGUGGGGUCAAUGCUUCUUUUCCAUUUCCAGCCGAUACUGCAGAGGACUGUUUGAGACUGGCUUCAUUCUUGCGCAACACAGGUGUUUUGUUUGACCAACAGGGGAAAAUGGUUGGUUUUCAUUUCCUAAUAAUCUCAGAUCAAUCAUUUACCACCAGCUUUACUGCUAUGGAUGACUUCUGGAAGAGCGUGACAUCUUGGUUUGACAAAGAAAUGGCUAAAGCUCCAACAGGAUUGGAUAAGGGUUGGGUUGGAUGCAGGAAUCUAGACCUCUAUGCUCUUCAGAUGGGACUGUCGGAAGGCACGUACUCUUCAUUGGGAAUCUCUGUUGCUGUAUCAUUUGGAGUCAUGCUGCUUACAACCCUCAACAUCUUCAUCAGCAUCUAUGCAAUCAUCACCAUCAUUGGAAUUAUUUCCAUAACCAUUGGGUGUCUUGUGCUGGCCGGCUGGCAGUUGAAUAUCUUGGAGUCUAUUGUGGUGUCAGUGGCAGCGGGUCUGUCUAUUGACUUCACAAUGCAUUAUGGGGUGGCUUACAGACUUGCACCAGACAAAAGUCAGAGAGAUACCAGAGUGCGUUACUCUCUGAAGCACAUUGGAUCAGCCAUCACGAUGGCUGCUCUUACAACAUUCUUAACAGGUUUGAUGAUGAUGCAAGCCUCUGUCUUGGUGUACUUUCAGCUGGGACAAUUCUUGAUGUUAGUUAUGGUCUUCAGUUGGCUUUUUUCAACUUUUGGCUUCUUGUCCAUAUGCUCUGUGAUUGGUCCAAAGGAUGAUUUUGGACAGUUGAACUGUUGUUCUUCUUGUAAAAAUGAACCUGAGGAAGAGACGGGCAAUCUGGCCAUUCCUGAUUUGGAUAAAAGUCCUCAUGAUCAAAAUAACAAAGGUAUCACUACGACCCCACUGUGAAGAGUGCACCAAGGCUACAGUACACUUUAGUUACUAUCUGCUGGAAAGGUGUUUUGAGGCAGUUUCAUCUUAGAGAGCUGAGUUGUGCCAUAAAGUAAAUAUGAGCAGAUCUUGCUACCAAACACACAUGUCAGAGAUCUGCUUGUUGUACAAAAUGCUCCGUACCAUCAUGCAAGAGUUCCUAUCAUCAAAUCUGCUUUCAUGACAGUAAUAUAAAUGUUCCAAUGUGUGUUGUCAUGAAGAAUCUCUAUAGAUGCCAUAAUUUUAGAGAGUACUGGUCUGGUAAAUUCAUAUUUAACAUAAAGUGUAAACUGGCAGGUUAUGCUAUAUGUUACCCUUUCAUUUCCAUGAGUGGUCAAAAAGGAAUUUCUCUUUGUAAAAUCCAUACAUAUUCAAGCAGAAGACUUACAAGUAGAGAGAGGUAUACAAGCAAGGAAUUUUUUAUUCUGGGGACAGUUUUAUAAUGUUAGGUUAGGUUGGUAAUUGGUGACUUAAAAAAUAGUUGACAUUGGAGUAAUUUCCUUUGUCCUGGUCUUGGAAUCCAGCACUGUCAAUCUUGGUUUAAGAAACGUAGAGAUUGAUUGAGAAUUUUUCCAUGGGUACUGUAUAAAAUCUUAUUUUUUUUUAUCAGAACCAUCCAGUAAAUGGUGUCUUUGGUGCAGCCCUUGAAAGCUGUUUAAUAUUAUACCCUUUUAGCAAGGAGUAGCCUUAAGAUUAGGUAUAAAAUAUUAUCUUUUGAACAUUAGACAUAUUUCUUGUUUUGCAUAUUUAUAUAUUCUUAAGUUAUCUCAAAGUUCUGUACAGUGUCAUUGCUUGACUUAUUGUAUAAGAGGAUCAGUUAGAUUGCUGUCGAAACACAUUUUUUAAUGAAAUGUAUGGAUUCUAAACCUUAAAGCAACAAAAAAAAAAUGCAGAUCAUAAUUGUUUUACCUUCAUAAUCCACAGUUCAUUUAGUAAAUUGUUAAGCAAAGCAAGGUGAUAAGGAUUGGGGUACAAAUGAAAAAUUAUCAGUUAAUUCAGCUUGAUUGCAGGCCAAAAUUUUUUAUUGCAAGGUUUCCUUGCAUAACUAUUGAUAAUUUUGAUGUUAAUGACUUAUAUUAAAUUUCUAAUAAUUGAUGAAAUUACAAAAUAUCAGCAUUUAGUGAUCAUUAAUUAUAGGUUGAUAAAAAUCAUGCCUAUUUUUUUAAAUGAACACUCCUUGAUUGCUUUUGUUAAUUGAUCUAUAAACAUCGAUUAAGGUGGAUUAAACAUCCAUUUUUGAAGAUCAGUGAUUUCAUGAAAUAACUAUGCCAGGUUAAUAGGUGUUAACAGACUAAAGAGAUAGUGCUGAUUAUUCAAUUAAUACAGCUUACUGCAAGUCUAUUAUAUAAAGGUCGCUUAUUCUAUUCAGUUAAGCUUUUUCUCUAUUCUUUUUUGUAUAAAAAUAUUGAGAUAAUAUUUAUCAUAAUUUACCAACAGAUAAAGAAAUUUGACUUGGGAAAGAUAUCCUUAUGGAUUUUGCUGACCAUUUUCUAUAUAAUUUUUUCUUGGAAUUUAAAUGGAAGUGAGAGUAAAGAGUGAUUCAUGUGCAGUGUAAAUAUUUCAAUUCAUUUUUUAAAAUUAAUUUUUAAGGCUGUAUGGAUAGAAAAGAAAAGGUUGUGGAAAAGAUAUUUGAAGAAUUUGGGGCACAAUGUUAACAGUUGCUCUCUUGCUCUGUGACGUUAUUCAUAGAUUUGAAUCAGGAAGACAGUCUUCAAUUUUUCACAUUAAGGUGUGUGCCAACUGUGCUGAAAUAAAUAUUUACCUCACUAGA